GUUCAAAAUGGCGGACGUCAAAGUGUUGGUCUUGUUGAUGUUUACUUUAUCGGUAACAUGCAUUCGCGCAAAAGAAAAGCCCCCAAAUUUUGUAAUCAUGCUGAUGGAUGAUAUGGGAUGGGGAGACUUGGGUGUCUUUGGGGAGCCCAACAAAGAGACGCCCUACCUGGACAAGAUGGCACAGGAAGGCAUGGUCCUGCCAAACUUUUACUCAGCAAAUCCUCUCUGCUCACCUUCAAGAGCUGCUUUGAUGUCAGGAAGGCUGCCAAUCAGAAAUGGGUUCUAUACAACCAAUGAUCAUGCAAGAAAUGCUUACACCCCUCAAGUGAUUAUGGGAGGUAUUCCAGAUGAGGAAAUUCUGCUGCCAGAGAUCCUGAAAGAUGCUGGAUACCGAAACAAAAUCAUUGGCAAAUGGCAUCUGGGUCAGCAGCCACAGUACCACCCACUAAAGCACGGGUUUGAUGAGUGGUUUGGAGCCCCUAACUGCCAUUUUGGGCCCUAUAAUAACAAGAAUACGCCCAAUAUUCCUGUUUAUAAAAAUGCAGAAAUGGUCGGCAGGUAUUACCAAGACUUUGUUAUCGAUAAACAGACUGGAGAGUCCAAUCUCACUCAGAUGUACAUUCAGGAAGCACUUACCUUUCUGGAAGCCGAAGCAUCGUCAGGGAGCCCUUUUUUCCUGUACUGGGCAGUAGACGCCACACACGAACCACUGUAUGCCUCCAAACCAUUCCUGGGCAAAAGCCAUCGUGGACUUUAUGGAGAUGCUGUUAUGGAGCUGGAUUUCGGGGUCGGACAAAUCUUGAACAAACUUAUGGCCCUUGGAGUGGCGGAGAACACAUUUGUAUUCUUCUCCUCAGACAAUGGAGCUGCUACCUAUGCUAAAACACAUGGUGGGAGCAAUGGACCCUUCCUGUGUGGUAAAGAAACAACAUUUGAGGGCGGAAUGCGAGAGCCUGCGAUUGCCUGGUGGCCCAACAGAAUAAAACCAGGACAGGUCUCCCACCAGCUCGGUUCCCUGAUGGACUUGUACACAACACUUGCUAAACUGGCAGGCCAGGAACCACCAUCUGACAGAGUGGUUGAUGGGAUAGAUCUCAGCCAGGCUCUUCUACAGAAUAAUGUUGUUGAUAGACCAAUAUUAUAUUACCGUGGCAACGAGCUAAUGGCAGUCAGAUUGGGGGAUUACAAGGCUCACCUGUGGACAUGGACUAACUCCAUACAGGAAUUCAAUAGGGGUAUAGAUUUCUGCCCAGGUGAGUCCAUUGCCAACGUUACAACACAUGACCAAGUCAACAACACAGCUCAGCCCCUGCUGUUCCAUGUAGGCAGAGACCCGGGCGAGAAAUAUUUCAUCAGACCCCACACCUCUGAAUAUAAACAGAACAUAGGUGGUAUCCUGUCAGUGGUAGAGGAUCACAAGAAACACCUUGUUCCUGGCAAACCACAGCUUAACUGGUGUGAUAAUUCUGUUAUGAACUGGUCCCCGCCUGGAUGUGAGAAGUUGGGACAAUGCUACAAGGGACCACCAUCCAACCCACAAAAAUGUGUCUGGCCCCACUGAUUAGGAUUAAUAAGGGGGUUGGGACAGGGGUUUAAUGACAUUGUUCAAUCAAAUGGCCUAGUCAAUUUAUUUAAAGAACUUUCCUUAUGGCUGUUUUACAAAUACUUUAUAAGGUUCAGUUGUAAGAUUUUCUAUGCAAAUAUUUAGAUGUUUAAUACUAGUAAUGUCGGUUUUCUGAAAGCCUGCGACAUUAAGCUAUAAUACUUCACUAAAACUGGGGUGAAGAGAAUAAGCCAAAACAGCCUAUGUCCCAGACAAUCGGCAUGACUUUGAAUCAAAUAUGUGUUGUCUAUAAGUGGGGUUUAUAGGAAAAUGGGUUUAUUGGGAGUUUUGGGGGUUAGGGAGGGAGGGGAGGGGUCUGACCUGUGAGGCAUUAAAAGUUUUUUUUAAGGCCAGAAUUAUAUUUAUAUCAGGACCGACUAUUUAUGAAAAAAGUAAUUAUCAGAAGGGCUGGAGCACGUAUCAUAUGCACUUACUGGGAGACUUCACAUUCCAGCUUUACAAAUUGUUAUUUUAUGAGAUUAUAACCAAACUUUUGUCUAUUAGGGAAUGUUGAUAUUGUUUAAAUAUAUUUUGUAUGUAAAUAGGAGGGGACAUUUAUAUUUGAAAUCUCUUUCAUUUGUUAGAAUCUCUGAAUGGGUCUAUUGUUUAGAACUUUGUUAAAGUUAACAACAUUGUUAAUGUCAUCGUCAUUAACUUUCGAAUCUGUAUUGCUCUGGAUGUUGCACAGAUACACUUACGCUCUGCAGUGUGCCUAUCAAGAUUUGGGACAACGUUAUAGCUGUUCUAGCUUUAAUUAAAUGUAUGAGCUCAUCAUAGAAAAUUUCACCUUUAAGAGUUAACAGCGAUGUCCUUAAUCAUGUUGUUAACUUUAACAAUAUUCUGAACAAUCGACUCUCAUUAGUUGUUCUUUGCUAUCACCAAAGUGCUUGUUUUUCAUACAGACUUUUUUGUCACAUUCUUUUGCAUUUAUCUUGUAUUGUUUCUAUGAUCAUAUUGAAAUGUCUGUGAUAGCAUACCACUGUAAUUUCUUUAAUUUAAAGGCAUAAUAAUGGGCAAGCAUUGUUUCAUUUGAUGAGGAAUGUAUUUGCUUUUAUAGAGACUCAUUCAUGUUUUAUAGGUUCAGACAUCGAAUAUAUAUUCAUUCUGUGUGACAUGUAAACAAAAUGCUUGUAAUAACCAUAGAACAUUAAAAGUUUAAAUUAGAA